UAUCUUGGCUCUACUCUUUGAGAGAUGCAGUCUUUAGUGAUAAAGCGCGGUGCAGAUCAAUGCAUCUCAUGAGGAGACGGUAACAGAUUUGAUGUCUGCAUCGGCAGAACUUUUAUUAUGCAACCCAGUACAAUUUAUAUAAGGACGAGCUUCACUUUGAGUGCAUCUGAUAGCAAUUAGGACCUGUUUUUUUGAAAUGCAGUAAAGCUUCCCUAAAACAUUUGGGCUUCAGCUAACAGCAGCCUUCAGAACCCCCAUCACAACGAGUUAGUCGACAAGCACACAAGUAUAAAGGGUCAUUUCUGUGGCAGAUACACACAAGUGUGGAAUAGUGGUUGUCCAUGUGUGCGUGUGUUUGUGUAAGCCUGUGUAUGUGCUCUUGUACAUGGGUUUUCUAUGGGUUAGCCUGCAUCUCUCCUUCCUCCUUCUCCCAUUUGAAUGAAAAUCCUGUCCCUGAGGAGAAUGCUGAGUGGCCCCUCCCCUUCACUGUGAUGCACAGUCCCAGCCCAGCCCUGCACACCCAAUGAAAAGCAAAGCCCUCGGAACACUGACGCUUCCACAUCAAUAGGUAAAUGUCUCUUUGUGGGAAAAAAGAGACACAGAGUGAGGGAGGGAGGCACAGGGAGAGGCUGACGUGAGCAGUGAGCUGUGAGACCAGGUCAUAGGAUAUCCCAACUGAUCAACAGAUAGACAGAGACCGAAGCACACACACACACACACACACACACACACACACACACAGGCAGAGCUGCUCUUCUAUUCAGUAAGCUCAGUAAGAGACGGAUCGUCAUGUUGCUGGCUUGCCUGCUUCUCCAGUUUAUGGGCAGUGUUUUGGGCUACGGACACCAAGAGAUGGCCCCAGAACCAAUCUGCCCACCAGUGUGCCAGUGUGAGCAGGAUGGCAUCCUGGUCCUUGUGGAUUGUUCGGAGCUUGGGCUGUCUGCAGUGCCCAGCAACCUCCACCUUCUGACUUCCUACCUGGAUCUCAGUAUGAACAACAUCAGUGAGCUGCAGCCAAAUGCCUUUCACAACCUGCCCUUCCUGGAAGAGCUCCGCAUGUCGGGUAACCAGCUGAGACACAUCCCCAGCCUGGUAUUCACUGGCCUCCACAACCUCAAAGUGCUAAUGUUACAGAACAACCAGCUCCAGCGCCUCCCCAGUGAGACCUUGUGGGAUCUGCCAAACCUCCAGUCUCUGCGUCUGGACGCUAACCUCAUCUCAGAGGUGCCCGAGAAGGCUUUCGCAGGGCUGCGCUCGCUGAGGCACCUGUGGCUGGAUGACAACGCCCUGUCUGAGAUCCCUGUGCGCGCCCUCAAUGACCUGCACACCUUGCAGGCAAUGACACUGGCUCUGAACCGAAUCAGCCACAUCCCUGACGGAGCCUUCCGCAACCUCUCCAGCCUCGUGGUGCUGCAUCUUCACAACAACAGGAUCCGGUCACUGGGACAGAACUGCUUUGAAGGACUGCAGAGCCUGGAGACCCUAGAUCUGAACUACAAUGAUCUUGAGGAGUUUCCAGAGUCCAUCAGAACCCUGGCCAAGCUUCAGGAGCUGGGGUUUCAUAACAACAACAUCAAAGCCAUUCCUGAGAGGGCGUUUGUGGGCAAUCCACUCCUGCAGACCAUACAUUUUUAUGAGAACCCCAUCCAGUUUGUCGGGGGAUCAGCUUUCCAGUACUUGCCAGCGCUCCACACCCUGUCCCUGAAUGGAGCCACUGAAAUAAAAGCAUUCCCUGACCUCAAAGGAACCACCAGUCUGGAAAUUUUGACCUUGACAAGAGCUGGACUGACCUCUCUCCCGAGGAGCCUGUGUCAGCAGCUGCCUGGCCUGCGAGUUCUGGAAUUGUCGCAUAACCAGAUCGAGGAAUUGCCCAGUUUCCACCGCUGUCAGCGCCUUGAGGAAAUAGGCCUCCAGCACAACCAGAUCAGGGAGAUCAGAGCCACCACCUUCCAGCAGCUUGCAGCCCUGCGAUCACUAGACCUCAGCUGGAACCACAUCGAAUUCAUUCACCCAGAGGCGUUCAGGUCCCUGCGCUCUCUGGUCAAACUAGACCUGACUGACAACCAGUUGACCACUCUGCCCGUGGAGGGGCUCAGCGGACUGACACACCUCAAGCUGAAGGGAAACCUGGGGCUGUCCGAGCCUUUCAGAGUGGAGGACCUUCCCAAGAUGAGGGUCCUGGAGAUGCCCUAUGCCUACCAGUGCUGUGCUUACGGGGCUUGUAAAACGACCUUCAAGCCAGCCAGCCAAUGGGAUGCAGAGGAGACAGGAAGUGAGGAUGAAGAUAUGCCCAAGAGGACUGUGGGCAUGUUCCCGAGCCACGCUGACAACCACUAUUUCCUGGAUAUGGACGACUUUCAGCUGGAUGUUGAUGAUUCCAAACUGCACCCCAACGUCCAGUGCAGCCCUUCUCCAGGUCCCUUCAAGCCAUGCGACUACCUUUUCGAUAGCUGGGUGAUUCGACUGGGCGUGUGGGCGAUCGCACUGGUCUCCCUGAUCUGCAACAGCCUCCUGAUCAUGACGGUCUUCGCCUCCCCAAGCUACCUGUCUCCUGUCAAGUUCGUCAUCGGCUCCAUUGGGGGCGCCAACCUGCUGACGGGCCUGUGCACAGGGACACUGGCGCUGGUGGAUGCCCUGACCUUCGGAGAGUUCUCCCGACACGGCGCUCGCUGGGAGAGCGGGCCAGGCUGCCAGGCUGGGGGCUUCCUCUCCGUCUUUGCCUCCGAGGCCUCUAUCCUCUUCCUCACGCUGGCUGCGGUGCAGUGCAGCAUCUCGGUCUCCUGCGUCCGGGCCUACGGGAAGUCCCCCUCCUUCAGCAGCGUCAAGGCAGCCGCCCUCUGCUGUGUGGGCCUCUCUCUGGCUGUGGCUGCCCUCCCACUCUUCUCGGUGGGGGAAUAUGGGUCCUCCCCUCUCUGCCUCCCCUCCCCGCUCCCAGAGAGCCGUCCUUCCACUCUGGGCUUCAUGGUGGCUCUCAUCAUGAUGAACACCCUAUGCUUCCUGGUCAUCACCGGCACCUAUAUCAAGCUUUACUGGGACCUCAUGAAAGGAGAGUUCGACAGCAUCUGGGAUUGUGCGAUGAUCAAGCACGUGGCCUGGCUCAUCUUCACCAACUGCCUCCUUUACUGCCCUGUGGCCUUCCUCACCUUCUCCUCCCUGCUCAGCCUCUUCCCCAUCAGCAACGAGGUCAUCAAGUCUGUCUUGCUGGUGCUUCUGCCUCUGCCAGCCUGCCUCAACCCCCUCCUGUACCUGCUCUUCAAUCCCCACUUCAAGGAAGAUCUCCGGCUGCUCUGCAGGAGGCCUGAGCCCACACAGGAGGAAUCUACAGACUCCUUCGCAUCGGAGGAGACCGAGAAGAGCUCCUACGACUCCACCCAAGCGCUGGUGACCUUCUCCGACGUGAAGCUGAUCUUUGAGGGGGCAGUUCUCCCCAGGCUGGAGUCCUUCGGGUGCCCCCAAUCUGCCUCGGUAACCUUCGUCCCCUGUCAGCAACCGGACCUUUCUUGGCAAGAGGGUGACACUUCUACAGCCCCACGCCCCUGCCUCACCGACGAGGAACUCCUGAUCGCUUCCCAAAGUGACGACCUGCCAAGCAGUGGUUACUCCAUCCAGUUCUAUCGACACCCCCCGGCCUCCUCAUCCCAUUUAUAAACUUUAAAACGAACAUUGAAACGGAGGAAAAAACGUCCCCUAUCACGGGAUCUGUUCUGCAUCUUAGAAAUGGGUUAGAUAUCUGAAGUGCAGUUCCCACGGUCCUGCAUGACAGAUUUGGUUCACAAGUCUCAGAAUCCUCCAAGAUCUACUCCCACCGUUCACAACAAUGGGUUUGGACUACAUUUCCCAUAGUUUGACUGGUCUCUGGACUACAACUCCCAUAUUCCACAACGAAGACUGUAAAUCGCUCUUCUACAGCGAAGCGACUGUUCAAAAAAGCUGAAUUGGUUGGAAACAGGCAUGAACCUCAUUUAAUUUGAUGCAUGGUAUAUGA